UUCCCUGCGAAUGGCAAGCUGAUAGGUGACGUGUUUGGCCCGUGUAAACUGAGGGAAAUUUAAGAAAACACCAUGCAAACUCGGCUUAUUUUGCUGCUUCUCGCCCUGGCGCCGCUCGUCCUGGCCAAGAAGUUCAAGGAGGAGGAGAAACCGGCGUGGGCCAAGAAGGACAUUCGGGACUACAGCGAAGCGGACCUGGAGCGUCUGCUGGAUCAGUGGGAUGAGGAUGAAGAGCCGCUGGAGGAGGAUGAACUGCCCGAACACCUGCGCCCGCAGCCCAAGCUGGAUCUGUCCAAUCUGGACAGCAAGAACCCCGAGGAGCUGCUCAAGAUAUCCAAGAAGGGACGCACGCUGAUGACCUUCGUCUCGGUGACCGGCAAACCGACGCGGGAGGAGGGCGAUGCCAUCACCAAGCUGUGGCAGACCAGUCUCUGGAACAAUCACAUCCAGGCGGAGCGCUACAUGGUCGACGACGACCGCGCCAUUUUCCUCUUCAAGGACGGCACACAGGCCUGGGAGGCCAAGGACUUCCUCAUCGAGCAGGAGCGCUGCAAGGGCGUUUCCAUCGAGAACAAGGAGUACCCGGGCGUCCAUGCCCAAAAGGACGAACUGUAGGCUAGUCCUGCGAUUUCCAUCAAAACAUUCUCAUACACUCAAGUAUUUUUAAGCUCAAAGUUGAACAAAUUUAAAUAAAGUGAAUUUAUUGAAAGAGUA